AUGAUCCUCAGACGGCCGGCUUCAACACAUGUGCUUUCCUCGAUUGGAGACAUGCAGGCGACACGUGAAAGAGCGAGGGUGACUGGGAGAUCACCAUUUCAGCAGAAAAAUCAAGUAGACUUUCAUGACGAAUCGACCAGAGCACAGACUGUUCAGGUAGAAGCUGAGAAGCGUUUUCGUGCAAUUGACAAAUUUUUGAAAAAAGCAACGGAUGAUAUGGAGAAAAUGAUAAGCUCUAUUGAAGACCGCCAUAUCACUGCUGAAGAAAUCUAUACGCACAUGGGGAAAUGUGAGCAGAAACGACAAAGCUUUGCAGUUUUAUCCACCUACAUGACAGCUUAUGGCCAACCACCACAGCAUUUACUACAACCUUUUGCAGACGGUCCCAACGCUGUAUGUAUGCUUAUUGUUCACACAAAGGAGGAUCUGAAAACGCAGGUAUCUGAAAGGGCCAUGGACCCUCCACUGCUGAGUAAAGAUAGUAGGCAUAGGCGUAUGGGCAGAAGAAGUGGAAUCAUAAAGAGGAUUGUCGACGUUAAGAAGCGACCACAUUUAUCGACACCACAAAGCUCGGCACUGGAAGACACAGCAACUCAGUACGAUCUGGAUUCAGUACCGCAUUUACUGCAAACGUGA